CAAGAAUCUUUAAAGCAUGGAGUUACACCCAUUGCCACCUUGUCAUGCUGCCCAAAGUGGAGACGGAAGCCCUGGGACUGGCUCGAUCGCAUGGGGAACAGGGCCAGAUGCCGGAAAACAUGCAAGUGUCUCAAUUUAAAAUGGUAAAUUACUCCUAUGAUGAAGAUCUUGAAGAGCUUUGUCCUGUGUGUGGAGAUAAAGUGUCUGGGUACCAUUAUGGGCUCCUCACCUGUGAGAGCUGCAAGGGAUUUUUUAAGCGAACAGUCCAAAAUAAUAAAAGGUACACAUGUAUAGAAAACCAGAACUGCCAAAUUGACAAAACCCAGAGAAAACGUUGUCCUUACUGUCGAUUUCAGAAAUGUCUAAGUGUUGGAAUGAAGCUAGAAGCGGUAAGGGCUGACCGAAUGCGUGGAGGAAGAAAUAAGUUUGGGCCCAUGUACAAGAGAGACAGAGCCCUGAAGCAACAGAAAAAAGCCCUCAUCCGAGCCAAUGGACUUAAGCUAGAAGCCAUGUCUCAGGUGAUCCAAGCUAUGCCCUCCGACCUGACCAUCUCCUCGGCAAUUCAGAACAUCCAUUCUGCCUCCAAAGGCCUACCUCUGAACCAUGCUGCCUUGCCUCCUACAGACUAUGACAGAAGUCCCUUUGUAACAUCCCCUAUUAGCAUGACAAUGCCCCCUCAUGGCAGCCUGCAAGGUUACCAAACAUAUGGCCACUUUCCUAGCCGGGCCAUCAAGUCUGAGUACCCAGACCCCUACACCAGCUCGCCUGAGUCAAUAAUGGGCUAUUCCUAUAUGGAUAGUUACCAGACAAGCUCUCCAGCAAGCAUCCCACAUCUGAUCCUGGAACUUUUGAAGUGUGAGCCAGAUGAGCCUCAAGUCCAGGCCAAAAUCAUGGCCUAUUUGCAGCAAGAGCAGGCGAAUCGAAGCAAGCACGAAAAGCUGAGCACGUUUGGGCUUAUGUGCAAAAUGGCAGAUCAGACCCUUUUCUCCAUUGUUGAGUGGGCCAGGAGUAGUAUCUUCUUCAGAGAACUUAAGGUUGAUGACCAAAUGAAGCUGCUUCAGAACUGCUGGAGUGAGCUCCUAAUCCUCGACCACAUUUACCGACAAGUGGUACACGGAAAGGAAGGAUCAAUCUUCCUGGUUACUGGGCAACAAGUGGACUAUUCUAUCAUAGCAUCACAAGCUGGGGCCACCCUCAACAACCUCAUGAGUCACGCACAGGAGUUAGUGGCAAAACUUCGUUCUCUCCAGUUUGACCAACGAGAGUUUGUGUGUUUGAAAUUCUUGGUGCUUUUUAGUUUAGGUAAGAAAUCCUUUUCUCAUCCUAUAUACAACCAACGCUUACUCGAUGAAACUGACAUGGGAGUCGCUUGAAGUCAGUAUAUGUUUUGGUUCUAUCAAGGGAAUGCCUUCCUUACAAAUCACGACAUCUUCAAACAUGAAUAGAUUUUCAUGUAUGUUUCUACACAAUUCACUGUUCUUUUGAGGAGAGGUUGGCCUGUGGAAAAUGAGUUAUACAAUCCGAGUCCUGGAUUUUCCUUCAUAAUGGACAGAUAAGCGAUAGUCAAAUAAAGCUCUGGCAGAGGCUUAAAGGAGAUCACCCUGGAAAGAUGUAUAGGGUCCAUUCAGACCCAUCUUUCCAUGUCAAUCGUUUCUAUGUGACUUUUAUUCCUGCUUGCUACCUAUGGCUAUUUUUAGUCUUCUAAAAUGUGAAUAGUAAUUAAAAACAUGUUUUUUCAAAAAAAAAUCUCUAUUGGGAUUAACUAGAGAAUGUUCAUAACCAGAUGCACCACUAUGCAAGUAUAAAAGAUGACAGUUGUCAAGGGGAAAGGAUGCUUCUUUAGGAAAGCUUUGGAGAAGAAAGAUAACUAAGCAAGACAGAUUAGCUAAAUCAAGGUUCUCAGUGAGUCAGAUGAGAAAAAUCACCACUGCUUGGAAUAAAAAAAGGAUUAAGGAGAUGGAUUUUUAUUGACUUCAAAGGAACAGAUUUUUCUGCCUGUCCCUUACUUGAUUUCUGUAUUUUGUUGGCUUAAUAAAGCCAACUUAAAUAAACUUUUUGCCAAGUCCAUUUAUUACUUAUUGGCAGACAGCUGAGGGAGGCAACUUCCCUCAAAUGAGAAAAUGCAGAAAUCAGAUUUACCAACAUAUGCUUUUUCUUUAGUCUCCCGUUAUAAGAUAGUCGUGAAUUCAUAUCCUAAGAAAUAAAACAAUAAAACAAACUGCACAGCAAAACAGAUGUGUCUACUCUCCAAAAUUGGUACUUCAGUUUUAAAAUUCCUCUUGACAGCACUGCACAACUGUUGCUAAUAAAGGAAUAGUUUGAAGUAAUAGAACCAGAGUUAAUUUUUCAUGUGCAGUCAACAUUUAAAAUAAAAAGAACAUUUUCGUAUUUUGGAAAAUGUGAUAAAUAUAGCAAGAAAGAAAUGUUACUGAAAAUUCAAAAAGACAACAGAAUUUCAUAGAUGUAGUGUUCAAAGGUUUGCAAUGCCAGGACUAGAUCCUGUGUGGUUUCUAUAUUAACCACAAUAAAAAGGAACAUUCUGUUCAAGUAAGUCUGACUCUUUUACACAUGCAUAGUUUUUAUAAAGAGUGAGAUAGGUCCCCUCACUGUAAUUGCACAAAUUAUUCUGGUUUAUGGCAAUAUCUUAGUCUUUUCAACUCGUACAUUUGAUCAGUAAUUAAAUGAAAAAUGGGGCCAUACAUGUGUGAGAAAUCUUACAGCAUCUUAGUGAUAAAAUAUUUACAGAGCGUCAUCUCCCUUCAGUGGUAUUUUAAAUUAGUUCCAAGAACCGUAUUACAUUUGAAGAUGCUCACAUUAACCACCGUGAGCGUCUUUCAGUUGUCAACACUUUCAUCUUGCCUUCAUCGUUUUUCCAAAUUAUUACACUCUCUGCUAAUACUGUUGGGGAGGGGAGCAGAUUGGAAAUGCUUUCCACCUUUGAACCUCACCAACUAUCUUCCUGAAGAACUGGGGCAUAUAUAGAGGGUGCCAAAAACAAUGUAUACACAUUUUAAGAAAGGAAAUAUUUUGGCACCCUCUAUAUUCACCGGAACCUCACACAGCCUCUUGUUGAAUGAGCAUGUCGAUUAUUUCAAGAACGUGGCGCACCAGUCAAUAGCUAGCUUAGUAUCCAUUCAAACCUUGUUUGUUUGUUGUUUAAGGAAGAAAGCAAGCAUGGCUUUUAGAUCAGAGGUGAAUAGAGUUUUGACCAAGAAUUUAUUUUUAGAGAAGUUACUAGUGGGGGUGGGCAAGUACCUGGCAGUAAAAUUCAGGGAGUUUCCAAAUUAUGAGCGGAAAACUGUUUAACCAUUGGAACAAUGAAUGAUCAACAUUUUUUUUUUUAAUUUCAACUUCGCUGAUCUAUAUGGAUAAUCAGCUUUCAGGUGCCCAGACUAACCCCCAAAACACCUUGAUUGAGGAUAAAGUCAUACCAGGGCCACUGCUAAAAGCUUAGCCCAAGUUCUAAGCCAAUACCUGCUGUCCUAGACCUUCACAAGCCUUGAGCCCCCUGAGUUUGAAACCCGGUAUGUUCUGAUCUCAGCCCUGCUUUGAGCCCCUUUGCUCCUGGAGUAAGGUGAGGAUUUUGUGGGCUGGUUAGAGGCCAGGGGCUGUGUUGAAAGUAGACUGCAUCUCCUGUGAGAGACGAAACUGUGAGAUAGAUUUGGUAAGAGAUUGGUAGUGUGUGAUCCCAAGCGGGGGCAGCAUUGUAAGCCAAAAGCACAACCUGUGCUCAAGUGUGAAGGCAAGAGAGAGCAAAACAAGUUUGGGGAAACAUUUGAUGAAUAUGGUCAAGGGAAGCCAUGGACAUAGCAUGGAGAUGUAGGCAGGGGCCCGGUUACAGAACUGAAGGCCUCCGAGCCAUUCAACUUAUACCCACCGGGUGCUCGCUAUGGUCAGGCACUGAGCUGGGCUCUGGGGAUAAGAUAACGGUAAGCAGAAGAGGUGCUGUGGUUUUCAUUCUGUAGACAACAAGAAUGCAUGACCACGUUCUGAUCAAAGGUAGAGCUGAGUUGAGUGACGUAAGUUGAUUUGCCUUUCUGGUAGUGAUGUGGGUAGUGGGUGGACAGUGGCUGGGGACAAAGCUGGAAAUGCUGUGUUCAGAUGUGUUUUAAUACUCCUUGGAAAUGGGAGUGAAAUGAGGGAAGUGAACCAGUUACAGGUGCAGACCGCAGAAUGGGACAGCUGAGAGGGAGAAGUCUAGGAUGAGUCUCAGGUUUCUGGGUGUUUUGCCAGAACAGAAAAAUCUAAGGAGCAGGAACUAAUCUGUGGAGUCAGAGCAGGCUCCAGUAGCAGCCAACCUCCUCCUAAAAGUUGUUCUUCCCUGAUGUUGAUUAUUGAUUACACAAAAAGCUAAUGACAGGACUAACAUGAAAAUACUGUUGACUCGAAUUGUUCUGAUCUGCUGUCUGAUUUCCCCUCUCAAAUUGUAUCUGUGUGCAGACCUCAAUUUGUUAAGUUGGUUGAAAAUGGGAAUGAAAGUCAAAAAUACCCUCUCCUGAGAGACUGUUUCACUGUUAGACUCUGGAGGCCUAAUCUCUGCAAAUUGUAGUAUUUUCUUAAAAUCCUGUUAAAUUGCCAUAUUUUGUUGCCUAACCGUGAGAUACUAUAAUUUGAGCCCAAUUUAUAACUUGGCGAAAAAGAAGACAUUCCAAGUUAACCAGUUAAAACUGUAACUCAAGGGAGGCCAAAAUAACAUUUUGGAUGUUUAUUGAUUGGUUUAUAUUUCUACCUUCUUCUAAAAAUGAAUCAGAGUGAGUGAUGUCACCAGCCAAUGUAGAAAUAAAUCCUAUAGAGAAAGCAGAAAGGGGAUCGUUAUCCACAAAUAAUAUCAUUAUGGCAUGUGAUCCAAAGACAGAUGGAAUUCCUACAAACUGUUUUCUCCCGAAAACCAACUCAGAACUGGAAAGCAAUCACUUGGUUACCAACUGAAGCAUCCUGAAUAAUGUUAUUGCAGGUUCAAGCCCAUUAGGAGUAUUAAUGUGGCUUAGGUGCUCAAAGCAACAAGGAACUAAACCAUGUCAACUAAGAUGUUACUCUGGCUUUGGAUUUUCUCAGCCUGAAAACCCAGUGGCUGAACCUUGCUGGAUUCUUACCGUGGCCCAGGGUGCAAGAGAAAGUACUAGAGGCAUUUUAUAUCCUGUUUCCCCUCAUGAAUACCCUUGAUUUAAAUCAAGGGUAAACCAUUCCUUGUCUUACCGGCCAAUAUUUCUAAAAGUGUAUCUUAUAUUCAGCUGAGUUAAAGACUGUUAUUCUCUUUCAGGGGAUUUCCUAAGCCUAAAUUUUUAGAAAAAUUUACUUCAUGUUUCUUUAAGUUUAGACUUUCUAAGUCGAUUGAAAGGAAUUGCUCUGCUCUCCAGAUAAUUCUGCACAGUAGAAGUCAGUGCUCUUGAACUGAACUCAGUUGAAGUUAGAAGUCAUCCUUUAUGGUUUUUCUGUAGCCCAGAUUUCUAGCUCAUUGCUUGGUACACAGUAGGGUCUUGCAAAAGUAUUUACUGAUAAAAUAGAUAAAUAAAUAAGCUUACUUUAGUUUUAAACUCAAAGAAAACCCCUUACCAAAGUAAUCUGUGAUAAGUAAUGGGAGGUAGGUUAGCCUAAAAGUUAGUUUUCUGAGACUAACUUUUCCAAAGAACUCUGUUGUAAAUGCCUUCUCAAAAUUAAAUUAUUACCAGCUUGCAUUCUCUCAGUUUAUGGGGGGAAAUAUUUAUUUAUAAGCUCUUUGGAAAAGCUAACUUGAAGAAAGAUUAGGAAGAAUAUUGAUGGCUAAAACCAGGUGAUAAGUUUAUUUCUAUUCCAAGCAAAUGUAAGAUCAUAAGCUUUCAGCCCACGACAGUUAAGCAAGUCUUUCUUGGCCUUGAUGGAAAGCUGUAAAAGGGAUGGAGAAAAAUCAUAUCUAUGUUCAUCCUGGUCGCUCUUUGCUUUAUAACGAAUUUCCAAAUCUUGAAUGUGCUUGUUUGAUCUCAUAUACCAUAACACACCCCAGGUAAGAUUUGUCCUCAUGGAGGCAAGCGCCCCGUGGAAGAUGGGUUGUGGUUGCCUCAAAGAAAGACUCAACUCAUCCAGACAGAAAAACUACUGCCUUGCUAGAUACCCUCCCUGGCCUGCCGUGAACGAACCCUAUCUGUGGAGAAGCAAAGGGCAUAAUUCAAACAAAGAGCUGUUUGCUCAUCCCCGGGUUCAGUUCAGGCCUUCUGUAGCAUCUGACCACAAUUCUUUUAUCUUAAAGAAUUUAAAGCACAUUAUCUUAAAUAUCAAAGAUCACCCAAGGAAUUCCUGAAAUGUUCCAGAAUAAACAGUAUUACUUAUUAAUCUGUGAUGUAACUUGAUCAACAACUGAAAAGGACUUUGAAAAGGGAUGAAUAAGGAAAUAGAAAAAAGAUGGGCAACACGUUCAGGUCUUGAAAGACCUUUAAAAUCAUUAUUUGGAAGGAAAAACAGUGGUUCAUUUAAGGGAAAGCAGAACAUUUUCCUCUUUGUUAUAGCUGCCUUAACCUGCUUUCCUCUGACAAAAGGGGGGCUGUAUGGUCGUCUCCGUAUUCUUAGGGAAGCAAAGGCCUUUCCUCUAUCAAAUUAAUAAACUCUAAGGCUCGUGAACACAGUGUGUAUUUUACUCCUCACAUACUACGUGACAGAUGGAGGUUUUUAAUAGAUAUUUAUUGCAUCCAUGAAUGAAAGAAUGCUUUUCCUCCCGACUUCUAGGUUUAAGAAAAAGUAAUGGGAAAUGGAAAAAGUAGUUCAAAAAAAGAAAAACAAGCACAACAUUGGAAGAGAGACUGGAAAAUAGAUCCUAUGGCUAAAUAGUAGAGGGCUUUUUGUUUUAACUUUAUCAAGUAAGGAAGUAAAUUUUCAUAUGAUGAAAAGGAUUAUUAUAAGGAAGAGACUUAAACAAAGUCCUCCUUUGUGAAUAAAAUAAUAAAUGAAGUGAAUUCCUGAUGAUCAGCUUUUAGGGUGUAUUUGACAUUGUGAUAGCCACAGCUCAGGAGUUCAGGCAUUGAGCAGAGUCACAGCACAACCCUUUAGAAACGUCAAAGGCUCACUGUGCUCUGUGCCAUAGAGGGCAUUGUGAACACUGACGCAGAACGCUUUCCUUGGGUGGUGGUAAUAAAAUGGCUUGAGGGGGGCAGAUCACUUACUUUCUCCCUUCAGAGGGGAAGGGCAUCGGAGACCAUCCCCUCUUAUUUUGUAGUUGAAGAAAUAAAAGCAGGUAAUUUAUCCAACAUUUCCUGGUCAGAGCCAGGUCUAGAACUGACCACUCCGAAUGCCAAUCAGUGUUCUCCCUGCGCCAGUGCGCUGUCCUCUUCUGAGACACUUGAGCUUAUCAGUUAAUAUUUUGAAACUACCAUAGACAGCUGACCCUUGAGCAAUACGGGGUUGAAC